CCCCGCACCGCGCCGGGCCCCCGCCGCCCCCCGACACCGCGGGAGCAGGGACAGCGCCAGCAGCCGCGGCCUGGGGGCACGGCAGGAAAGCCCCGCCUGGCAGGAGAGGAGAGCCCCGGAGGUGAGGGGGCACCGCGGGGGCACAGCCGGAGAGCCCCGCCUGGCAGGAGAGCAGCCUCGGAGGCUCGCGGGGACUGAUGGACGUUCCCGACAGCCCGGAGCGAAACCCCUGCUCUCCUGAGGAAGAGGACCAGCAGCUUUCUGAUGAGGAGGUCCUGAAGGAGAGCGGCUCAGAGCGGGAACUCGAUGGGGAGGGUGGCCAGGGGAGCCUCCUGGGCGAGGAGGAGGAGGCAGGCAGGGCCCUGAGCCGGGGCGAGGAGGAGGAGAACCACUCUGACGAGGAGGAUCGGCUGAGCGAGGCCAAGUCGCAGGAAUCCGACACCAACGAGCAGGGCGUGGAGCUGAAGAGCCCCCGGCCCCGAAAGGGGGAGGAGGAAGACAGGACAAACGACCUGGAAGUGUCCUCUGUCACCAGGGAGCUGGAUGAGCACGAGCUGGACUAUGAUGAGGAGGUUCCCGAGGAACCCAGCGCUGCUGCUGCAGAGGAGGAUGGGGAGAAAGCUGCUGGGGAGGAUGAUGAGGAAGAGGAGAAAGGAGAUGAUGCCCCUGAAGAUGAGAAGAAAUCCAGCAGCAAAAGUGAUGAUGAGAAGGAUGGGCAGGAUCCCCUCAAGGAGAAGAAGAAAGAAGAGGAUGAUGGGGAAAUUGAUGAUGGAGAAAUUGAUGAUGAUGACUUGGAAGAAGGGGAGGUUAAAGACCCCAACGACAGGAAGGUGAGGCCCAGGCCCACCUGCCGCUUCUUCAUGAAAGGACACUGCACCUGGGGCAUGAACUGUCGCUUUAUCCACCCCGGAGUGAACGACAAGGGCAAUUACUCACUCAUCUCCAAACCUGAGCCCUUCUCCCCCAACGGGGCCCCUCCCAUGGGCCCUCACCCGCUGAUGCCAGCCAACCCCUGGGGAGGCCCAGUGGUUGAUGAAAUCUUACCUCCACCUCCUCCAGACCCUCCAACAGAAAGUGCCUGGGAGAGGGGACUCCGGCAUGCUAAAGAGGUAUUAAAAAAGGCAACAAUGAGGAAAGAGCAGGAGCCUGACUUUGAGGAGAAGAGGUUCACAGUGACCAUCGGGGAGGACGAGCGGGAGUUCGACAAGGAGAACGAAUUCUUCCGGGACUGGAAUUACCGCAUCACCCGAGACGUGCGGGACCCCGCGGAGGUGGACAUCAAAGAAAACAUUAACUAUGGGCUUGAUCCCUAUGCAGAUCCCUAUUAUGACUAUGAAAUAGAGCGCUUCUGGCGUGGUGGGCAGUAUGAGAAUUUCAGGGUUCAGUACACAGACCCCGACCCCUACCGUAACUACAGAGAACGAGAGCGAGAACGGGAGCGGGAGCGAGAGACCCGGCAGCGGGAGCGGGAACGCGAGCGGGAGCGCGAGCGGGAGCGAGAACGACGGCAGCGGGAGCGCGAGCGGGAGCGGGAACGGGAGCGCGACAAGGAGCGGCAGCGGCGCAAGGAGGAGUGGGAACGGGAGAGGGAGAGAGUGAAGAGGGACGAGAAGGACAGGCAGCACCGGGACCGUGACCGGGACCGCGACCGGGACCGUGACAAGGACAAGGACAAGGCCAAGCCGCGCUCCCCGCUGCUCCCCAGCCCAGCUGCUGACGUGUCCCUGUUCCGCAGCCGGCAGCCCGAGGUCCCCAAGAAGGACAAGGAGUCCCUGGCGCUGGGCACUGCCCCGUCCAAGCGUGCAGACGAGUGGAAGGACCCGUGGCGCCGGUCCAAGUCCCCCAAGAAGAAGCUGGGAGUGUCCGUGUCCCCCAGCCGCGCCCGCCGGCGCCGCCGCGCCUCGGCCUCCUCUGCCUCUGCCUCGGGCUCCUCCAGGUCCUCUUCUCGCUCAUCCACCUACUCGGGGUCCGGCUCCUCCCGCUCGCGCUCCAGGUCCUCCUCCUACAGCUCCUACUCCAGUCGCUCCUCCAGGCACAGCUCUUUCUCAGGCAGCAGGUCCAGGUCAAGGUCCUUCUCAUCUUCUCCCUCUCCUUCUCCAACACCAUCUCCUCACAAGCCACUGGCCAAGGCUAAAGGGGAAUUAUUGCCACCUCCUGGGAAAGGGGAGAAAUCUGUGAAGAAACUCACUGCCCUCCCAGUCCCUCAGCCACUCACAAAAAUUACAGCAGCAGCCCCAGAGGCAGCCAAGGCAGGGGAUAAUCGGGAAGCCAGGAGGAAGGAACGUCAGACAAGGACUCCACCCAGGAGGAGGACCAUCAGUGGCAGCAUCAGUGGCAGUGCCAGCAGCUACAGCGGCUCAAGCUCCCGAUCGAGGUCCUUGUCCCGGUCUCUCUCCAGAUCUCAUUCCAGAUCAUCCUCUGCCUCAGUCUCCCACUCUCCCUCUGGCUCAAGGAAAUCCAGGUCCCUGAGCGUGAGCAGCGUCUCCUCCGUGUCCAGUGCCUCGUCCAGCAGCAGCUCCGUGCGCAGCGCCGACUCCGAGGACAUGUACGCAGACCUGGCCAGCCCCGUGUCCUCGGCCAGCUCCCGCUCCCCCACCCCGGCCCAGCAGAAGAAAGGAAAGUCAAAAAAGGAAGACAGUGCUAAAGAGGAGAAGAGGAAACGAGAUGUGCCCGCUCAGCUCCUGAAAUCAGCCAAGCCCACCCCGGGAAGCAAAUCCCAGCAGCUGCCCCAGGGCCAGCAGCCCUCGGCCCCCCAGGCACAGCAGGGCAGCUUCAGCGGGCACAAGGAGAUCAAACUGACGCUCCUGAACAAGGCAGCUGACAAAGGAAGCAGGAAGAGAUAUGAGCCAGCAGACAAAGAGAGGCCGACCUCUCCUCCAGCCAAACGGGCCAACCUGUCACCUGACAGAGGCUCUCGCGAUAGGAAGGCGACCGGGAGACUCUCGUCCCCCAAACAGGAGCGGCAGCGGGGCCAGAACCCAAAACCUUCCCCUGCACAGGCAGACAGGAAACGCCAGCUGUCCCCUCAGUCCAAGAGCUCCAGCAAAGUCACCAGCGUGCCGGGCAAGGGCUCGGAGCCGGGCCCUGGGGCUGCCAAGGGCAGCAAAUCCAGCACCCUGUCCCGCAGGGAGGAGCUCCUGAAGCAGCUCAAGGCCGUGGAGGACGCCAUCGCCCGCAAACGGGCCAAGAUCCCGGGCAAAGUAUAGUGGGCUGUGCCCCCAGUGACUGCUGAGGUUUUUAUAAAGAGAGGCAGAAGCGGCCGCUUUGGGAUUUUGCAGUUCCUCGUCUUCGUUUUGGCCGCGCGGUUCUUUUUAAAAAAAUAAAACAAAAAAACAAACGUAAAACCCACACACACACACACACACACCACACACACAUACAACACACACACACACAAAACAAAGAAAUUAAGGAAGUUUUUGCCCGACGAGCGGCUCCGGGAGGGCUCCGGGGCCCUGUAAAUUGUGCACAGAGGACUCCAGCCCCGCGGGUGCUCCCAGCUCUCCUGUGUCCCCUCUCCUCUUUGCUAGCCUCCAGUUGUAUUCUCCUAGUUAGCCCUGCUGUGUGUUGAGUGUCUUCAGCAAUGCAGUUCUAGUCCCGUGUGCCGAGAGAGCCGAAAACUGCUGUGAACUGCUGGCAGCACCCCUCCUCCCCCAGGAAAAAUAUAAAUAUAUCUAUUCCUGCCUCCGCCCCUCGGGAGAGCCCUGUCGUUUCUUUGGAGCAGGGGAUCGGUUCAGUUGAUUUCCCAGGAGCCCUGCAGGUGUUGUGGGUGUCCGUCUGCCA